GCGGAGUCGAGGUUUUUGAGUACGUAGACAUAAGCCGAGAUAACUUUUUCUUUCUCGGUCUUUUAGAAGCUCGUUUCUCGGCUUAGUGCAGACUUCAACUCGACAGCUAUUCGACACCCAGGCUUCACCCAACCUUCUGCAAAGAUGGUGGCGAAACAGAGGAUCCGGAUGGCGAACGAGAAGCACAGCAAGAACAUCACGCAGAGAGGAAACGUCAAAACCUCGAGAAACACCACAGAGGAUAAAGUCUCAGUGGGACCGUGGCUCCUGGCUCUCUUCAUCUUUGUGGUGUGUGGAUCAGCGAUAUUCCAGAUCAUCCAGAGCAUCCGGAUGGGAAUGUAACGAGGCGUACGAUUCCGCUGUCCGACCACAACUCAGCAUUCCGGCCUCCGCCUACUGCUCCUGAUUUCGCAGCGGAGGAAUUUCUGCCAGAAACUUCCAGUUAAUUUACGUGUAAUAUACUGUAAUCCUGUUCCUUCUGUCAGACGUGGACCAACAUGCCGUUCCUCCUCUGUGCCUUAUCAUGAUGAGGAGAAAUCAAGCUAUAAACCGCGGUUCCAGCGUAUUAUUCCCUCAAUAGGGGCUCUAGAAAUAUCACGAUGUUAUUGUGUGACUUAACAUUCCCCUGAAUUCUGUUGAAAUUAUUUUGCUGUAAUUUCGUAUUCUCUGCAAAUUAAGGGGCGUGUCCUGAUUCCUGUGUACUAAUGAUCGAACUGACCAGUAGUGGACGCGAGCUGGAACUUUUUCAGACAAAAACUCAACACAGUCGACAGAGUCUUGCGCCUAUGAUUUGUUUGAUCAUUUGUUUUUCAUUUCUUUUUGAUUCUAACAGCACUUCUGAUAGCUGUGUCUGCGCGCGUUGCUGAGAAGUCAGUGUUUUUUGCUGGGCUGCAUACAGGCUUCGUCUCAUUUACAGUUCUCAGGCACAUAUUGCUCUCGGGCAAACCCCACGAGGGGCAUAGAACUGUCUCAGAUUUAGACUGAUGCCUCUGAUGGAUCUUGGGAGAGUUCAGACUUAAAUAAAAUGUCACUGAAAGCA